AUGCAGGCUGGGGAGUAUAAUCGCAGAGGUAAAGAGCUUGUCAAUUACAUCACGGAAUAUCUGUCCAAGAUCAGAGAGAGACGCGUCAUCCCUGAUGUCCAGCCAGGGUACAUGCGGAGUCUGCUCCCAGAGAGCGCACCUGUGGAGCCUGAAAACUGGGAAAAUAUUUUUAAUGACAUUGAGAAAAUAAUAAUGCCAGGGGUGGUUCAUUGGCAAAGUCCUCACAUGCAUGCCUACUUUCCAGCACUCAACUCCUGGCCAUCCUUGUUGGGCGACAUGCUGGCUGAUGCCAUCAACUGCCUCGGAUUCACCUGGGCAUCCAGCCCUGCCUGUACAGAGCUGGAGAUGAAUGUUCUGGACUGGCUGUCCAAGGCAAUGGGGCUGCCCCCUCACUUCCUCCACCACCACCCAGACAGCAGGGGCGGCGGGAUUCUACAGAGCACAGUGAGUGAAUGUACUUUAGUUGCCCUGCUGGCAGCCCGAAAAGCCAAAAUCCUGGAGCUUCAGGUCUCUGAGGUGGGUGCAGAUGAGUCCAUGCUCAACUCCCGACUGAUUGCCUACGCCUCUGACCAGGCUCACUCUUCAGUGGAAAAGGCAGGCCUGAUUUCACUGGUGAAAAUCCGUUUCCUGCCGACGGAUGAGCAGUUUGCUCUGCGUGGUGAAACUCUGCAGAGAGCCACUGAGGAGGAUAGGAAGAGGGGUCUGGUACCAGUUCUGCUCUGCGCCACUCUGGGAACUACAGGAGUGUGUUCCUUUGACUGUCUAUCUGAGCUGGGGCCCGUGUGUGCCAAGGAGGGGCUGUGGCUCCACAUCGAUGCGGCGUACGCCGGCUCUGCCUUCCUUUGCCCCGAGCUGCGAGGAUUCUUGAAAGGCAUCGAAUUUGCCGAUUCUUUCGUCUUUAAUCCCUCCAAAUGGAUGAUGGUCCAUUUUGACUGUACCGCCUUCUGGGUCAGGGAUAAAUACAAGCUCCAACAGACUUUCAGUGUCGACCCUGUGUACCUCCGCCAUGAGAACUCCCAUGCUGCCAUGGAUUUCAUGCACUGGCAGAUUCCUCUGAGUCGGCGUUUCCGUUCACUGAAGCUGUGGUUUGUCAUGCGUUCGUUUGGGUUGAAAAACCUGCAGGCACACAUCCGACAUAGCAUAGAUAUGGCCAAGCUCUUUGAGUCCCUGGUAAGAAGUGAUCCUAAUUUCGAAAUUCCCGCAAAGAGACACCUGGGACUAGUGGUGUUCUGUUUGAAGGGCGGAAAUGCUCAGACAGAGGAGCUCUUGAAGUCUUUGACAAAAUCGGGUGCCCUGUACCUCAUCCCGGCUGCCAUCCAAACCAAGCUGAUCAUUCGCUUCACUGUGACAUCCCAGUUCACCACCCGGGAUGACAUCCUCAGGGACUGGGCCGCCAUCCGGGAAACAGCUGCUGCCAUCCUGGCCCGGGCCACUGGUGUCAAUGAGGGCCGGCUGCUGGUCAGUGGUCCAGGCAGGAAUUCCAGUGCAGGUGAUGGCAGUGCCGAGACACAGGUCUCCUUUGGAGUGAGACGGCCUGUUGGACAGGACCAGCAUGUGCCACCUCCUGAAACCGAGCGGUCCACAGACGACGUCUUUGCCCCCACCCCUGCCGGAGCUCCAUGGUCAAAGCCGGUGCAUCCUACCCCCAGCCUCGUCUCUGGCCGUAGCCAGAGGAGGACCGCCCGCUCACUGAGCUGCACGGGUGAGCCACUCACAGGCCCUCGGGAUGCCAGUGUCCUGAGACUCCUCUCCAGGGAGGGGCCGGCAAGAGUGUCUCCAGCUGCCAAGGACAGCCUCCUCUCCAAGAUCCCGGAGAACGUGAUCCUACUAGAGAAGCGAGCCCUGAAGAAGCUGACCAAGUUCUACAGUGUCCCCAGCUUCUCCCAGUGUGGCCCCCAGCAGCCGUGCUGCUCCUUCAGGGGUCUGCAGAUUUUCCACAUGCCCUGGUUCACCUGCAGCAAGGUGAACUCUGCCCUGCCCUGCCUAAAAAACCAGGGCUAA